UCCACACUCAUUUUAGCCAGUGCCCAGGCUACCAGCAGAGAAGGGAAGCAUGGCUCCGGGAGCAAAGGAAAGAGAGGAGGGGCCAGCCAAGCGUGCCCUCCGGAAGGUACGCACAGCCUCCCUGGUCAUUACCUUGGCCCGAGGUUGGCAGCAGUGGGCAAAUGAGAACAGCACCAGGCAGGCCCAGGAGCCCAUGGGCUGGAUGCCAGGAGGGAUCCAGGACCCACCCCAAGCUCCUAAACCUGUGAUAUACCCCACGCCCCACCAGAAAUCUCAAAGUGCCCCAAAGUCUCCCUCCCAAAAGCCAGAGGGACAUGGAGAUGGACAAAGCUCAGAGGGAGCCACUGAGGUCUCUCAUAUCAAAAGGAAAGAGGUGACCAAAACAAUUGUCAGCAAGGCUUGUGAGAGAGGAAGCGACGUGAGCCACCUCAGCCGCAGAUACGAGGAUGGCGGCUUACCUGAACGCGGUCAGCCCGAGAAUGACAUUGACCGGAUCCUGCACAGCCAUGGCUCCCCGACGCGGAGGAGGAAAUGUGCCAACAUGGUGUCUGAGCUGACCAAAGGCUGGAAGGAGAUGGAACAGGAUGAGCCCAAGUGGAGGAGUGACAGCAUAGACACAGAAGACAGCGGCUAUGGAGGGGAGACCGAGGAGAGGCCUGAGCAGGAUGGAGAGCAGAUGGUCACUGCCAGAAUCAAACGCCCCUUACCCUCCCAAGCACAUAGAUUUACAGAGAAACUCAGCUGCAAGGCCCAACAAAAAUACAGCCAAGUGGGCAACCUGAAAGGGAGAUGGCAACAGUGGGCUGAUGAACACAUGCAAUCCCAGAAACUCAAUCCUUUCAGUGAAGAAUUUGAUUAUGAGUUGGCCAUGUCUACUCGCCUACACAAGGGAGAUGAAGGCUAUGGCCGUCCCAAGGAGGGAACCAAAACUGCUGAAAGGGCCAAGCGAGCGGAGGAGCACAUCUACAGAGAAAUCAUGGACAUGUGCUUCAUUAUCCGCACAAUGGCUCGCCGCAGACGAGAUGGCAAGAUCCAGGUUACAUUUGGAGAUCUCUUUGACAGAUAUGUUCAUAUUUCAGAUAAAGUAGUGGGUAUCCUCAUGCGCGCCAGGAAACACGGAUUGGUGGACUUUGAAGGAGAAAUGUUGUGGCAAGGCCGAGAUGACCAUGUUGUGAUCACACUACUCAAGUGAACCUUUAGCAACAAAAUCCAGACUUCACCCAGUAUUGUCUUAAUGCUGAAUGUUGAUAUAGUAAAAAUUGAAAUGCAAACUGCUCUGUAAUAUUUAUAAAUAUUAAAUAAUUUUUACAUAAA